AAAAAAACAUCUUGUUUUCUUCUCUCUCACUACCUCUCAAACUCAAGCUUAUUUUCCGCGAAAAUGGAUUUCCACAGCCUUCUGAGAAGAGACCUUCAGUUUCUCUGCAAGAGGAACAAAAUCCCUGCCAACAUGACCAAUCUCGCCAUGGCCGAUGCUCUCAAAUCUCUUGAGAUCGUUGAAGGUCUUGAUGAAUACAUGAGCCAGGCCGACUCCAAUGUUCUUCAGUCUCCAACCAGUGUAGCUAAGCUUCCGCCGAGUACUGCAGCUAGAACAACUCGAAGGAAGACGGCGAUGAAAGCUGAGACUCAGUCUCGUUUGGUGAGCAAGUCUCUUGAUGGAGAAAUGGAUCAAGAAAAUGCUGUUCAGGAACAGAAGAUCAACAGUGUCAAUGUGGCUAAGACUCCUGCGGCACGAAGUACAAGAAAGGGGGUAGUAGCAGCUUCUGGUAGUAGUAAAGUUCAGGAGAGUAAGAAGAGUGAAUUGGUGCAGUCUGUGUAUAGCACGAGGAGAUCAACAAGGCUGUUGGAGAAAUGUAUGGCUGAUCUGAGUUUGGUGACUAAAGAAACAGAGCAAAAAGUAUCUGUCCAGGAGAAGAAGCUAGAUGGUUCAGAGGAGAGGAGUGAGGGAGCUGAAGUUGCCCCAGGUAGAGAUUUAAGUGCUUCCAUGGAGAAAGAAUGGGAGAUGUUGGAGAAUGACAGCGAUUAUGUAACUGGAGGUCUUGAGAUAUCUGUUGAAAACACUGAGACCUUGGAAGUUAUGAGUGCUGAGAAAGAACCAGAGAAUGGUUUAGUCCAAGGAGACAAACAAGAAGAAACAUUGCAGGCUAAUGAAGCUAUUUGUGAGGAAGGUUUGAAGAAGAAUGACAAUGAUCAGGAGAUUAUUGAUCUUGAGAAUUCUGUUGAUCUUGAAUCAGAGAAUAGUUUAGUCCAAGGAGACAAACAAGAAGAAACAUUGCAGGCUAAUGAAACUAUUGGUGAGGAAGGUUCAGAGAAGAAGGAAAACGAUCAGAAGAUUAUAGAUCUUGAGAAUUGCGUUGAUCUUGAUGAGAUUCUUGUCUUGGAACAUGCCAACACCGAGACAAACAAUGAGAAUAAAGAGUUGAUGAAUGGCAUUCAAGCUGUCGAGAGUUUAGGGGAAGUCGGAAACCUUGAGACAGAACAAGCAAUCCAGGAGAAUGACUCAGAGCCUGAGAAAAUCAGUACUUUCCAUGAAGAAACAGUGGUCGACCAACCUGAUGGUGAUUCAGAAACUGAACCACAAGAAGAUGAUUCUGGUGUUGACUCAGACAGCACUAUCUCUGAAGCUGAUUCAAACCAAUCCAACCACCAAGAGACAGAACAGGCGAUUCAGGAGAUUGAUUCAGAGACUGUGAAAAUCAACACUUUUGAUGAAGCUACAAUGGUAUACCAAACUGAACCUGAAGAAGAUGAUUCUGGUGCUGACUCUGACGGCACUAUAUCUGAGGCUGACUCAAACCAAGCCGUACAUGGAUCUGAUAUUGCUGAGGAAGAGAUGAUUCUAUCUGAAUCAGAAGGUUCUGUAACUGCUCCAACACCUCCUUCUCUUCUGCUUGAAGAGGCUGAAGUCAAAACAGCUCCACUAUCUCCAUUUGCAGCAGAAUCAAUCUCUUCUCAGUAUCCAAGACCAAACAAAUCAGCAGCAACAACCCCAUCAAAGAACUCAGCCAUGAAGCUAGUCAGUGUCGAUAACAAUAAUAACAAGGAGAACAACAUGGAGAUGAUGGUGACUGUUGUUAACAAUAGUGAUAAUAGUGAGAUCAAAGCUGAGGAUAAGAAGCCUAAGAAGAAGGUGGAGUUCGAUGAAGAGAACUUGAAAGAUAUUAGCAUCAGGCAACUUGUGAAGUUGGUGAAGGAGCUUUCUAUUAAAGGCAGUAACAGCAGAACAGCAUUGCAGGUGUUGCCUGGUAAUAAUCAGAUUGCCGAGUAGUCUGGUGAUUCAAAAAAUGCGUUUCUUUUUCUUAUGUUGUAGUCAUGUCAAACAGAAAACUAUGAAACUAUGUGUGUUCCUUUGAAGAUGAUACUUUUGGUUUGAAAAAAAAUAUUCGAAUUAAGGAACAAAAUUGGUAAAGAUCUUCCAUCUUGUCAUCAUUAUAAAAGCCAGAUAUAAUUUUC